AUGAGCGAUAACGAUAAUGAUGAUGAUAAAAUUGUCAACACCCAACGUGUGGGCACGGCGACUCCUGAGCUCACGAAGCCGAUAACUCGUCCAAUAACGGCGCGUUUCCAACGUGCCCAACGUCAACACAACGCAUUCAAGGGUGAACAACGAGGUCGGCAACCUAGUUUGGAAAUCUGCCUCGAGGCGAUUCCCCAGAACAUAAGAUCACAGACGCCGAACUGUGCAGUGCGGUUGAUCCAAUUGGAUUUGUGCCGCAAAAGUGGACUAGCUUGGAUAAUUCGUGUUCUCGCGUUCAUUUCCUGGUCGAGAGAGGGUAGCUACCGAAAACAAGGGUCUGGCGAUCUCAUCAAAGAUAACAUGCUAGAUGCCGCAGAAAAUGCUAUCUUGGCUUUUGGAGGAUAUACGAAAGGAGCUGCUGAAUUCAUACAGAUUUACAAUACCCUUCCACCGGAGGCCCAACAGGCAUUGAUAGAGAAACACCUCGCAGGUCUCAUCGAUCUCGUGCCAAAAAACAAGUCGAAAAAGGGUAUCGCACGUCACAAGAAUGUACCAACACUCGACCUCAGGACCAAGAGAAAACAAGUCAACGCCCUAAUGGACGAGCUCAACAGGGACGCAAAGUCUGCAUUCAUCAAAGAACGCAGUAACCGCGACGAACUCCUCUUCGAACUCAUAGACAGCCUCACGAGCUGGUUGAACGCCAUUUGGAGUGUGGCAUACGAGCACAACGUCAACUUUGUCCACGCUCACUCGUGUCUUCUCUUCGUGGCAGAUGUGUUCACACAGCUUUUUGAAAGCGCAGGGCAUGGGGGAUGCAAGUGCUCGGUCAUGAACUUGCCCAUCAGCGUCACUAUCAAGAACAAGCAUGGCAAAACGAUCAAGAAUAUGCAUGUUACUGGUCCGCAAAACGUUGACCGCAUUCUUCUCUGGAUAUGGCGGGAUCUCUUUGUGUCGAUGUCUGCGAAAGGCACUCAGCAGGAAAAGAAUAGAAUGAGGAAUAUGUUGGAGGACAUUGAAAACGUUUUGGGGUUCGAGACGCUAGAGAGGCUGUUGUACGGGGGAAAACGAUUUUUGGCUGACAACCACGAAGCCGUUGAGGACGAGGAUGAAGACGACGACGACGACGAUGAGGAUGAGGACGAGGAAGAGUGGGAAGACGACGAAGACGCCAGCGUAGACGGAAGUGUUGUCCACGUUAUCGACGAAGACGAAGACAACAACAGCGCCAGCUCAGACUCCCGCUGUCCCUGCAACUUCCACGCACCACACUGGUCAGGAACCCUCAACGCCGAACGAGUCGUCAUCCGGGACCUCGUCCAAGAACGCCUACACACAAUCUUCGAAACCACCCCCUCCCUCCGGCUCUACAACAUCCUCAUCUCCAUAAGCGACGACACACAAUCCACCAAAACCCGCCUCCUCUCCAACCUAUCCCACUGCGCAGGAAGCACAGCAGACACACUCGUAGCAGCACUUGACAUCCACAUCGCAGCAGACUCCCCAUCCCACCUCAUCUCCCUCCUCGAUUCCCACGCGUACCUCCUCCGCCCCAAAGACGCUCCAACCCUCCAAGCAUGCGUCGCCGUCCUCUCCGACGCACCGACCUACCAACCCCGCGCACUCACCAUCCUCGAAAAGGAACUGACAGACAGCUUGCGGGCGAUAUACAUCGCCAUUCGAGGGGCGUUCGCCAAAGUCGACGAGGACACUUACAAACGCGAGAUUGGGGAAAUAAUGAAACUGCGUACGGGCUCACACGCCCGCCGAGACCGCAUCACGCGUUGGACGGAGGACGUGAUGACGUCCUCCAGUGGUCCAAUGCACCCUAUGGCUUUUGCGGCCAUGAUGUUUGGGAUUCCUAUUGGUCCUGACGCAGGUGACGGCGACGAUGCUGAAUUUAUCAAUUUCCUCGAUUUGGAUCAUUCUGAUCCGGAUUUGGAUGAUUUGAGGGAAGAGUUUAGGCCGAAGUUGAAGGAGAGGUUUGAAGGGUGGUAUUUGCUUGCGCAGACUGUGAGGGGGGGUGGUGCGGUGGGGUUCAAGAUCUAUACGCAGGCUGUUGAGAUGAUGUCGUUCCUAAAGGCGCCGGAUGCUGUGGCUGAGAUGUUGAAUCGGCUGGGAGAACGCCCUUCAAAAGGAUACGUCUGCGACGCCUUAGACGCACUAGCCUCCUUCUGCAAGAUGCAAAAGAAGAAAUACACCGUUCGCAACGAAAACCAGAAGAGGACGAGGAACGCUAAUGCCCCUGCCUCUUCCCCCCGGGGAAACGCGAACACCUCUGCAGGGAAUAUCAGCACAGCAGCACAGGACACGACGUCCAAUUCGACUCCGCCUCCUUUGAUCCCGGCUGACUUGGUUGGACAACAUGUACAGCAGGGCGGGUUUUCGUUCUCGUUUGGUUCGGUGCCUUUUAUGGGUAACCCGCCACCCCCGCCGUUACCGUUCCCUUUGGUGCCGGGGGGUAUGGAGGAUGUCGAUUGACUGACCACGCCCGCUUUGAAUGAUGUUUGCUCGAAUGUUUUUGUUCGAUUGCUUUACCUAUUUUACUGCAGAUAGUUCACGUUUUUCAAUGUAUAAUACCAGCAAGCUUUCCCAUUUGAUCUUCUUUGC